AUGCUGGAAAUCGCAGUGGACCACUAUGCAAAUUUAUUUACUGAGCCUGAAGUCAUUCGUCCCCAUCCGUAUCACAAGUUCUCAACAGACAGUGUUUCCACACAGUCGUCGUAUGAUGUGCUGGUUCCACAUGAUCCAAAAAUGCCGACUACAUCGAAUAACGGUUGUGAAUCGAUGAAUGCCAUUAUAAAACAAAAAUAUACACUCCGUAAUAAGUUACAUCUAUCGGCGUUUCUACCAAAAAUGGAAGAAAUGUUAACAGAUUGGUCAGAGGCAAGUAUUUCAUCACCAUUUGCUGCUGCUACAAGUAUAUCUCCUGAUACGGAGCUGCAUGCUUACAAAUGGUCAGUAAGUAUAAAUCGAUCUGACAUUUUGCAUUGGUUUAAUACAUUUUAUGUUGUUCCAUCAUCCACGGCAACAAUAACAUCGUCAGUUUGGUUGGAUUUGUAUCCCUCUGGGCAAUGGGCAUCAUUUGACGAUUUUGCGCCAUGGCAAACAUCAUGUUGGUUAGUGUCACCGCUUACAUCGUGUACGUGUCCAAUUGGCCUCAAGUAAUACACCUGCAAACAUUCAGUUGGAUUAGGCAUUGUAUUCAACCUGUACCAGGUGACGGAUAAAACACGUUGUGAACCAUUGGGUAAGAGAAAAGGUAAAGGUCGUCCAAAAAAGGUUCGUACAGCUUUGUUGCUGUAAAGUUAGUAUUUUUGUUGUACAUUUCUUCUUUAAUUUAAGUUUUCGGUAAUUGCUUUGGUGAUUAAUUUUUUUCUACUUUGUUCAUAUUUGUGUGCAUACUUCUU